AUGGAGGGGGCACCUGCUAGCAACACAAGGAAGAAGGUUCGGAGAGAAGGCUCCUCCUCCCAGCCAGGAGUUGCUACACCAUCUACUGAGAGAACUAUACGGGAGAGGCAGGAGCGCCGAAGAUCUAUAAUAAGAGCGAAGAAAGAAGGUAGGGUUACAUGUUCCAGUAAGAGGGCAACAGAGGGAGAGCAGCAGUGUCAGAGGCUAAAAGCAAGGUCAAGGAAAGAAGACGACGAGAUAUCAUACUACGGGCCUCCUGCGCACAAGUGUCAGUACUGUGGUGCGCAGUUUUGGUACCAAGAACGUGUGAAAAGAACGUAUCGAGGUGAAGGAGACCGUGUACGUUUUCAUCUCUGUUGUAGGGGAGGUAAGGUGCGCUUGCCUCUUCUAAAAGAUCCCCCUCCAUUUCUAGCUGGUUUGUUGAACCCAAAUGGUGAUACUUUCUCUAAAUACUUCAUCAAAUCUAUACGUUCAUACAACUCCAUGUUUGCUUUCACUUCACUCGGUGCUAAAAUUGACAUGGAUAUAAACAAGGGUCCUGGCCCGUAUGUCUUUAAAAUUAAUGGACAGGUCCACCAUCGAAUUGGAUCUUUACUACCAGAUGAGGGUAAGUCUCCUGUAUAUGCACAACUUUAUAUUUAUGACACUGAUAAUGAGGUUGAAAAUCGAAUAUCAAUUUUUGAUAGGGAUAGGGACUGUGAGGGUGAGAAUGAAAUUGAUAGAAGAAUUGUCCAGGGCUUAGUGAGGAUGUUUGAUGCAGCAAAUGAGCUGGUGAAAUCCUUUAGGGCAGCUAGGGACCUAUUGGUCCAAAACAAUAGUUGCCGCCAAUUGCGUCUCAGGUUAUUGCACGAUAGAUCGAAAGCUGCACCUCAGUACAAUGCACCAACAGGAUCCGAGAUAGCUGCUUUGAUAGUUGGUGACUUUUCGGAGGAGAAGAAGAGUCCUGAUAUAAUAAUUCAGGAUAGAGGCGGUGGGCUUAGAAGGAUUAGUAACCUUCAUUCUAAUUACAUGGCUUUGCAGUACCCAGUUCUUUUCCCAUAUGGUGAGGAGGGCUUCAAACUAGGGAUCAAGUAUAGCCACACGGGGACCUUGCGGGUUAAAUCUAGGGGUGAGGUUACCAUGCUCGAGUAUUAUGCUUUCCGUUUACAACAACGUAGCUGUGAGGCCACUACAUUGUUAUGCGGGGACCGAUUAUUCCAGCAGUAUAUAGUCGAUGCAUUUGCUUCAGUAGAGGAGAAUAGGCUUCGAUUUAUUAUUAAAAACAAUAAGAACCUAAGGUCGGAGAUUUACAAGGGUAUUCAUGACGCACUACACAAGGGUGAUUUUGACGGAAACAAUGUUGGUAAGAAAGUUAUAUUGCCUGCUAGCUUUACUGGGAGCAAAAGAUACAUGGUACAAAACUACCAGGACGCAAUGGCUAUUUGUAGGUUCUAUGGGCCUCCAGACUUGUUUAUCACCUUUACUUGUAAUCCCAAGUGGCAAGAAAUAGACGACUCCCUUGCAUUUAUACCAGGCCAGAAAGCUAACGCUAGACCUGAUAUGGUUAGUCGGGUUUUUAAAUUGAAGGUUCAGGAGCUGGUUUCGGUGCUGAAGAAGGGUACUUACUUUGGAAAAUCACGAGCAGUGCUCUACACUAUUGAGUUCCAGAAGCGUGGUCUACCUCACGUUCAUAUUUUGCUUUGGCUUGAAGGUAACUCGAGAGACCCACGGCCUUUGUUUAUUGAUUCAAUAAUUACUGCUGAUAUACCAUAUAGAGUUUCAGACCCUUUGGGUUAUAGCCUUGUCGACGAAUUCAUGGUGCAUGGUCCUUGUGGGGAGCUUAACAAAAAAUGUCCAUGCAUGAAGAACAAUAAGUGCUCAAAAUUUUUCCCUAAAGCUUACCAGCAAAGCACAAUUGUUGGUGAGGAUGGGUUCGUGCAGUAUAGGCGUCCUGAAUCUGGUAGUUAUGUCGAGCGGUACGGGGUUAGACUUGACAGUGGAUGGGUUGUUCCUUACAACUUGUCUUUGUUAAAGAGAUUUAGAGCCCACAUAAAUGUUGAAUGGUGCAACAAGACACAUCUAAUCAAAUAUUUGUUUAAGUACGUCACGAAGGGUCCAGAUCGUGCUAGAGCUAUAAUUGAGAGCUUUGAUAAUGACACUCAUGCUGGCCCCUCUCAACAGCACCCUGUAGGUAACGAUGGCACCACUCAGCCACAGGUAGAUACUCAGAAAAAGGAUGACGAAAUUGAUGAAGUUAGGGAGUAUAUUGAUUGUCGUUAUUUAUCCUCUCAUGAGGCUGUCUGGCGUAUGUUCGAGUUUGAUAUACAUUAUAGGACACCCUCAGUAGAGAGGUUAUCUGUGCACCUGCCUUUCAUGAACAACCUUGUGUACCAGGCUAACCGCCCCUUAGCUGAUAUUGUAGAUGACCCUCGUUCCCUGAAAACAACAUUGACUGAGUGGUUUUGCGCUAAUAGGGUGUACCCAUCUGCCCGAGAACUAACGUAUAUAGAAUUCCCUACUAGGUGGGUUUGGGAUAAAAAGGAUAGAGCUUGGUAUCCCCGCAAAGGAUCUAAGAAAAUUGGGAGGGCUAUAUAUAUAAACCCUAGCUGUGGUGAGCUGUACUACCUACGUAUGCUCUUGAAUGUUGCCAAAGGUGCUACAUCCUAUGAGGAUCUUCGAACUAUCGCUGGUGUUAUGUACCCAACAUUUAAAGAUGCCUGUCAGGCGCUUGGCCUUCUUGGAGAUGACAAUGAGUGGCGUGAGGCUCUUAGAGAAGCAUCUGUCUGGGGAUCAGCCGCUCAAAUGCGCCAGCUUCUUGUUACUAUAGUACUUUUUUGUUCAGUUUGCGACGUGCCCUCCUUGUUCUCUGAGUUCUAUACUUAUUUCACUGAUGAUAUACAUCAUAAAAUCAAGAGGAUUCUGCAACUACCAUUCUAUACGCCUCUUGAGGGGGUUGCUGCACUCUUGCUCCUCGGAGGACGAUACGCACAUUCCCGGUUUAAAAUUCCUAUAGUCAUUGAUGAGUCAUCUGUUUGUGAGAUUAGAAGGGGCUCAUUCCUAGCAGAUUUAAUAGUCCAAUGCUCUUUGAUAAUAUGGGAUGAGGCCCCAAUGACCCAUAGACACUGUUUUGAGUCACUAGAUCGCAGCAUGCGUGACAUUCUUGGUAAACUGGACUCUUCCAAUUUUCAUAAGCUCUUUGGUGGGAAAACGGUGCUACUUGGUGGAGAUUUUCGCCAAGUAUUACCUGUUGUCGAGGGUGGGAGUAGAUCAGAAACCAUAGAUGCAUCCAUAACUAACUCCUACAUCUGGAAGCACAUUAAGAUACUAAGACUUACAGUGAACAUGCGCCUGCUUGCCAUGGCAGACAGUGGGUUACCUAUAGAGCAAGUGAAAGAAUUUAAUGACUGGGUGUUAAGUAUUGGAGAUGGUACUGCACAAGGAACUGUGCAUAGUGACGAUGGAGACUCCGAGUUAGUAGAAAUACCACAUGAUGUUUUAAUCCCAAGGUUAGAGUCAGCCAUUGAUGAUAUAAUAAGAUCUACAUACCCAAACUUAGCCACAUUAUACUCGGAUCCAGCCUACUUAAGGGAAAGAGCUAUUAUCUCUCCAAAAAAUGACACUAUCGAUGAAAUUAAUGGACGUGUCCUCUCUUUAAUCCCAGGCCAUGAAAAGUUCAAAGGCAUUCCUCCUCAUAAGCUUGCACUUAAGAUUGGUUCGCCUGUGAUGCUUCUACGCAAUCUAAAUCAAAGUGCAGGCUUCUAUAAUGGUACAUGCCUUAUAAUAACGCAAUUAGGUGAUCGAGUUGUGGAGGCUCAGAUAAUUACAGGAUCACACGCUGCUGAAAAAGUUAUCCUUCCUCGUAUUGCCUUGCACGUAUCAAGUACCAAAUGGCCCUUUGUACUUAGUAGGCGGCAAUUUCCAAUUCGUCUAUGUUAUGCAAUGACCAUAAACAAGAGUCAAGGACAAACCUUGCAGAAUGUUGGCCUCUACUUGCCACGCCCAGUUUUUAGCCAUGGGCAACUGUAUGUUGCUAUAUCACGCGUAACAUCUAGGAAAGGUCUUAAGGUCCUAAUUGAUGAUGAUACAGGUUCAGAUUGCACCGUCACCCAGAACAUUGUAUACAAGGAGGUCGUACUCGGUCUAAUGAUUCCUUUGCUUAUGAUUAAACGACAGAUGGCCUAUAACAUGUUGUCGGAGAUUAACCCAACGAAGUACAAUUGGCGUGUCAAGGUUAGAGCCGCAAGGAUAUGGCAGUUUUCUGGCACUUCCAAGGGGAAGGAAUUUAGCUCAAUGGAACUCAUUCUCGUUGAUGAAGAGGGCCUAGGGGUCACAGCCUGCAUUGGGCAGAAAAACCUUGACAAGUUUUCUAGAUCCAUGUCUGAAGGCCAUUCCUAUUAUAUAAGAAAUUUCCAAGUCAGCAAGCAAGCACGGAAGUUCAGAGCUAUACCCAGCAUGUACACCAUAUUUUUCACGCCGUGGACCAUUAUUGAAGAAAUCCCUCCUGAGUUGUCCGCCAGCCUGCCGCUCUAUGUAUUUAACUUUGUGGAUUUUGGAGAUUUAGAUGAUAAAGCAAGGCAUGGGGAUGGCUUAAUAGCUGGUGGCUGUGACGAGGAAAAUGCUAAUAGGAAGACUGUGUCCGAACUCUUGUCCUUAAACCCCCAUGAAGAUAAUGAUGUACGCUUUACAUGCCAUGCAAGUAUAAGGGAAAUAGACGUCACAAAUGGUUGGUGGUACAAAGGUUGCAGCGUAUGUAAGAAGGGUUUGAAGGCAACACUCCAAGGGUUUGAAUGUGUAAACUGUGCUGAGACGGAGCCUGUGAUCGUUCCCAGCUACAAGCUAAAUGUUGUCAUCGAAGAUGCCACUGGCCGUGGGAAAAUAUUUAUGUUUGGAGGUGUAGCUGAGCAGGUCGAACGUGCUGGGAAAUAA